CUUGCACCCGCAGGAAAACCCUUUACGCGCUUACGCCAUGGGCUUUACUUCCGAGUAGCUACGCCCAGCAGCGUUGCCUUACACGGUUGCAGGAAGCGGGGCUCAGCCUCACCGCGGGGCGCGCGGGCGGCGAACCCUUCCGGCUCCUCGGGAGUAAGGUCCCUCGGCGCUCAGGCGGGGCUUUCCGCGUGGGGAGGAUCGGGGCGGGCCAAGGCGGCUUCCUCCCGCUCGCGGCGGCGCGGCCUCGGGAGUAGCGCCCGGGUCGGCAACGGGGACGCCUCUUAAAGCAAGCGCCCCGAAGCGGGCCCCAGAGGCGACUCCUGGGCAGGCGGAGCCGCCCUCGUUGCCCGUACCUGAAGGCGCGGCCGGGCGGCGCCUGCGCUCCUCCCCCUUGGGCCCCGCGCCGCGAAUCAGGUGCUGCUGGAGGAGGAGCCGGAGCCGCCGCCGGAGGGCUCGAAGCCAGCGGCCAGCGCCGCCGCCGCCCCCGUCGCCCCCAGCAUGGCGGAGGAGAGGGCGACGAGGCGCGCCCGGAACAGCCCGCCGCGCCGCCGCCAGUGAGCAGCCGCCCGCCCGCCAAGUUGCCCGCCCGCCGCCGCCGCCGUCCUCGCCGCCGCGCCAUGGAGCCCGGUGCAGCCGAGUGAAGCGCCGAGGGACGGAGGCAGCCGCCGCCGCGCCAUGGCUUCCAAAGAGCGCCUCUACGAGCUCUGGAUGCUCUAUUUCGCCAAGAAAGACUUGGCCUACCUGCAACAAUGGCUGGAAGCAUUUGUUGCAAGUUUUGAGAAGAUCAUUGCUGUGCAUUCAAUGGAACCAAGAAGGCCAGAGGACUCUAUCUCCGAGAUUCCGCUGCUUCCCUCUGACGUCCUCCAUGUGCUUACCCAGCAGCUGACAUAUUGUGUUAACCAGAUAUCUCGUCAUGAGGUGCCUGAGGCAGGCCUCAACCAGGCUCUGUUGCUUGUCAAGUUCUUCAUCAUUAUUUGCAGGAAUCUGGAAAACGUCCAAACCGACCAGCCCCCAGUUUUUGUUCAUGAAGUGAUCAGUUUGCUGGCUGCAUAUUCAGACAAGCUCAAGAACACCCAGGGGCAGCACUUGCAUGACAGGAGUCAGCUGGAGAACAUAACUCUUUAUGCACUGCACCUCUAUGAGUGCCUCUUUGAUCCCUACCAGACGUGGAGGAGACAGCUGAGCGGGGAGAUCAUCAGCAUGAAAGAGAAGAACAAAUACAAGUUUGCACCAGCUGUGUUGCCUCAAGAGUUUAAUUCUUUUUUCCAAGAGUGUUUUGAAGAGGGCAGAGAGCUCCCCGAGUACCUCCAGCUGCGUCUCAUCCACCUCCUCGGAGCCAUUAUCUCUGGAGCUAAGCAAAAUGCUCUUCUGGUGGUCACUGCAUCCUCUGUCAAGGUCCUCAUGCUGGUGCUCCGGAAGUGGUGCUCUCCAGCGAGCAGAGCUCCCAAAGACUCCAGGCUGCUGCAGCUGACUCUGAAGAGCUUGGUCGGGAUGGUCCACAUUCUCCACGCCAGCAGCCCCAGCCAACGCAAGGUGGAGAUCCGGGCCAUCCUGGAUAGCUACUUCAAGGUCCUCAACUCGGACCAGCCCAUGGCCUCACUGGAGGGUUCACCAGGCCCUCACUGGGAGGAAAGACUCAUCGCCCUCAGGGUGAACAUGUUGGAUGCCAUUCCAGAAAUGUUAAAUUGUGAUGACCGGCCAGUUCUGCAGGCCAUCUUCCUCAGCAACAACUGUUUUGAGCACAUCAUUCGGCUGAUCCAGAACAGUAAGCUCUACCUGAGUGGUGAGUGCAAAGUGCCCGGGAGCGAUUUCGCCAUGCGGCUCCUGACCGAGAUGGAUAUCCAUCAGGUUUUCGAUAACAGCUCCGACGCCAUUCCCAUUCACGCCAUUGGGGUGCUCACCUCUAUCAUGAGCAAUUCCCCUUCAGCCAAGGAGGUGUUCAAAGAAAGGAUCGGCUAUUCCCACUUGUAUGAAGUUCUGAAGAGCCAGAGUCGGCCAACCAGGAGGCUACUGCAAGAACUCCUGAACAUGGCUGUUGAAGGUGACCACAGCUCUUUCCCUACACGCCUGAUCCGCAAUGAGCAGCCACUUCUGAUUCUGAUCAUGUGGAUUCCAGAGCUGAAGUCCCAGGACCUCCAGAUCUUCCUCUCUGACUGGCUUAAAAAGAUCUGUGACUCAUCCCUCCAGAGCCGCAUGACUUGUGUGAAGGCAGGGAUGGUUGGCUGCCUCCUGGAUGCUUUGUGUGCCGUGGAGCAAGAGUUGGACCGGAAGUGCUCCGAGAACCUCAUCUACCUGUUGCAGGUCCUGGGCAGCCUCUCUAUCCGGCCGGGCGAACUAAGGCAGCUCCUCAAGCUCCUACGGACUGAGCCAGGCAAGGGGGCCCAUCCGUACACCGUCCAAGUAAUUCGGGCUCUUUUGGGUAUGGCCAGGAAGGAUGGCCCGGAGCGUGCCUUGCAGUACUUUGACCUCACCCCCAGCAUGGCAGGGAUUAUGGUGCCUUCAAUUCAGAAAUGGCCAGGGAGCGGUUUUGCCUUUCACGCCUGGGUGUGCCUUGUGGAAGAGGCAAAGGACUUUCCGGAGGAAGCAGCCAGGCUGAAGCGGAAGCAGCUCUACAGCUUUUUCACAGCCAGUGGAACGGGCUUUGAGGCCUUCUUCACAGCCGAUGGGAUGCUGGUGGUGGCUGUCUGCACCAAAAAGGAGUACAUGACCGUAACCCUGCAAGAGUUUCCUUUCAACAAUGCAGCCUGGCACUGCGUCGAUGUGGUCCACAUCACCGGCCGCCGGCCCUUUGGCCAGAACCUUGUGAACAUCUAUGUGGAUGGGCAGCUCCGCAAGGUGGCUCAGCUGCGCUUCCCUUCCCUGAGUGAGUCCUUCACCUCCUGCUGCAUUGGCUCAGCCGGCCACCGGACGACGACCACCUCUGCCUUCUAUCCCUCUCCGUGUCACUCGCCAGACCUGGGCUUCCCCUCCCACCCCUCGCUGAGCCGCUCCCAAUCCUUUCCAGCCUCUCUGGCGCCUCACAGCUGGACGGCCAUUCCCCCGCAACCCCCCAGGGAAGGGCUGGUUUCCACCACGGUGGCAGGGAGCCAGGACAUGGAGUGGGGGACGCCCACGUCCCUCGAGGGGCACCUUGGCUCUGUCUCAAUCUUCUUUGAAGCGCUCCAGUCGGCUCAAGUGAAGGCCCUCUUCUCCUCGGGACCAAAUGUUGCAUCUCCAUUUAAGCCAGAAGGGGAUUUCCAGGAGCUCAGCAGCAGACUGCUUCUAUAUUACACGCCACAGGCCUGUAAAAGCAACAUCUGCCUGGACCUUUCCCCAAACCACUUCUUUGAUGGGAGGCUGACUGGGCACAAAGUGGUGAACUGGGAUGUCAAGGACGUGGUGAACUGUGUUGGUGGGAUGGGGGUCCUGCUCCCUCUGCUGGAUCAGGUAGCAUCUCAGAGGAAAGAGUUGGAAGACAACCAGGAAACGCAUGACUUGGUGGGCCCAGAGCUGACCUCUUCACGGAAUGCCCAGGGCAUGCUCAUCCCACUGGGGAAAUCCUCAGGUUAUCGAGAGGGCAGACUGGAGAGGAACGGGGUCGCUGCCUUCCUGCUGCUGAUUAAGAACUUCAUCCACGGUCACCCUGUCAACCAGGAAAGCCUAGUCCAGUGCCAAGGGCCAUCCAUCAUCGGAGCCUUGCUCCAGAAGGUCUCCAGCCAGACGAUGGACAUGAAUGUACUGAUGGCAUCUCAGAUGCUCAUGGAGCAGGUGGCCUCAGAAGGACACAGCUUUUUGCAGCACCUCCUGUACCAGUUCCUGCUGUUUGACUUCCGCAUCUGGAGCAACAGCGACUUUGCCGUCCGAUUGGGUCACAUCCAGUACUUGUCAAACAUUAUGAAGGAUCACAAACAAAGGGUCCGCAAGAAAUACGGGGUUCAGUACCUCCUAGACUCCAUCAGGACGUAUUAUGGAGCUUACAAGGAGAAGCCCAUUGCCACUGAUGACAUCAAGACAGUGCAGACGUCCCUCUUCAGCCUGAUCAAGGAGUUCUUCUGUAAGAAUUUCUCCACUGAUGAGAUGCAGAGCACCCUGAACUACCUUGCUGCGGUGAACGAUGAGCACCAGGUGUGUGGCAUGCUGGAGGUGAUCCACGGCCUGCAAAAGAGCUCCCCGUCCCAGGAGCAGAUUUACAUUUUCCUUUUUGAACCGGGAAACGUGGAGAUCUUGUUUUCGCUGCUCGUUCAGCGGAAGUUCUCAGACGACGUACGCGAGAGGAUUUUCAAGAUCCUGUACAAGUUGCUGAAGUAUGAGAAGGUGAACGAGCGGAGCAAGCACCGGUUGAAGCUGAAGGAUAUUGGCUACCAGGGCUUCAUCUCAUACCUGAAUGACAUCCAAGUUUCCAUGCUGCUCUUCCGGUACCUUUGGGAGCAAGUCCUUGGAUCAGACUCCCCAAACUACAAGGAUUUGGUGGCUGUGGUGUACCUCACUCACCGGGCAGAGCUGGCUGUCAGGCUGGACAUCUGUAGAAAGCUCUUCCACCUGAUUUACUCCCAGCACGACAUGGUGAAGCAGUUGGCUAAGCUGGCGGGCUGGCAGGACACCCUCACCAAGCUCUAUGUCAGGGAAUCCUACGAGUCCCGCCAGCACAGCUUGUCGGGCUCUGCCAACGGCAGGAGUUGCCCAGACGUCCUGAAGAUCACUGAUCAGCCAGGCACAGAAAUAGAGAAGGAAGGAGUGGACUCCGUUACUCCCUCGGCCACUGACCUGCAGGACCUGGAUGUCUUCCUCCCGCUGGGCUACGAGGCCUCGGACCAGGAGCUUUCUGAAGGGUUCUCGGACCACUCCAUCUCUCCCACCAGCCAAAGGAGCAAACCCUUCCACCCGUAUGGCUUCAAGCCUUUUGACUCCUUAGACCUUGCCAGCCACUCCUCCUCUUCCAACAUUGUGGACAUUCCUGGGCAGGGGGAGGCUCACGCGGGGGACGCGCUGCAGGCAGACAGAGUCUACCACCCGCUCUCCCCAUUCUCCAUGUCCCCCUUCGACCUUGGCCUGGAUUUGGGCAGCACCAGCUCUGCAGCCACGGCAGAGAGCGGGAACCAGACGCCGGUGAGCCUGCCGGGAACUCCGUCCCCUCUGGAGAGCUUCAAACCCUUCCCAGGGACUCGGGCUCGGAAGAGCUCCAGCCUCUCCAACGUGUUGGAUGAGACCAGCUACCAGGAGACCUUGCCUAGUGACAGCAUCUCCAACACAAGCAACCCUCAGCAAACCCCUGAGGAAGAGUUGUGCAACCUGCUUACCAACAUCCUCUUUUCUGUCACCUGGCGAGGAGUGGAGGGCUGGGACGACGCGGCCUGGAAGGAGCGGGGGCAGGUCUUCUCCGUGCUCACCAAGCUGGGUUCCGCCUGCGAGUUGGUGCGCCCGCCAGAUGAGAUCAAGCGCAGCCUCCUCGAAAUGAUGAUGGAGUCGGCAUUGACAGACAUUAAAGAGUCCACUCCGGCCAUGCUACCAACCCUCACCCAGAAUGCUCUCAAGCUGCUGCGCCUUCUUCAGGAUUUCUUGUUCUCCGAGGGCCACAACAACCAGGGGCUGUGGAGCGAGAAGGUUUAUGAGGGUGUCAACAGCCUACUGGACAAGUUGGGUGUCUGGUACCACUUGGCCAACGGCACUUCUGACUUGAAGGAGAUGGCCCAGAUCGGCCUGCGUGUGCUAAUAGGAUAUGUCAUGCUGGAGGACUUGCAGCUGCAGUCCUUGGCCUACGUGAAGCUCCACAGCCUUCUCCAGACAGCCUCCGCCCCCAAGAAGGAGGAGGCCUGUUACCUGCUGGGCAAACUGGAGACUCCCCUUCAGCGCUCUCUGCACACCAAGUCGGAGACCUUCUCCUGGCUGGUGCCCAUCGUCCGCACCUUGAUGGACCAGUGCUAUGACAUCUUGCAGCUCCAACACUUCCUCCCUUCUCUGCCCCCCACCAACGGCAGCCCCACCUUCUACGAGGACUUCCAGGUGUUCUGCACCACCCCAGAGUGGACAGCGUUCAUCGAGAAGCAUGUGCAGCCCACCAUGGCCCAGUUUGAAAUGGACACGUUUGCCAAGAGCCACGACCACAUGUCAAACUUCUGGAACUCCUGUUAUGAUGCCUUGAUGAGCAGCUCCCAGAGGAGGGAGAAGGAGAAAGCAGAGAGCAGGAGGCGGUUCCAGGAGCUCAUCUUGGAACCAGUGAUGAAGCGGGCGAAGCACGAGAACAUCCGGCACACGAAUAUGAUGAAGCAGAUCAACAACCACCAGAACACCGUCCUGAAGCAGUGGAAGGCACUGAGGCGCCUGCUCAACUCUCGGCGCUCUGCGUGGGCUGACCGGAAUCCUUCCAAGAUUCACUGGAAGUUGUCAAGUGCCGAGACCUGCUCUCGAAUGAGGCUUAAACUGGUGCCCAAUUACAACUUCGACUGCCACACAGAGGCCAGUGCCCUCCGCGACAAUCUAGGUGCUGAUUAUUUGCACAACCCGGAAGAGUCCCUCCCCUUAGCAGUCACCAAGGAGGCAAAGGUCAGCGAAAUGCAGGAUGACCAGUUGGCAGAAGAAGACCUCUCAUUCCUGGAUAAUCAGGUGGAGCCCAAAGAACAAAGUCAAAAAGAGAAGCUGGUGAUCUCUGAGGACUGUGAGCUGAUCACCAUUGUGGCUGUGAUCCCGGGACGCCUGGAAGUCACCACCCAGCACAUUUAUUUUUAUGACGGCAGCAGUGAGAAGGAUGAGACUGAGGAAGGAAUUGGUUACGACUUCAAGCGCCCCCUGUCUCAGCUCCGGGAACUGCAUCUCCGGCGCUACAACCUCCGCAGGUCCGCUCUGGAGUUCUUCUUCAUAGACCAAGCAAAUUACUUCCUAAACUUCAAGAAAAAGGUAAUGGCAACUCUCUCCUCUUCCUCCAUCUUUCGAUCUCCUGGUGACUCAUGUGGGAAUUCAUUUGUAAACAUGUUUUCCAUCCCCUCCCAGGUUAGGAACAAGGUGUACUCUUCCAUCCUCGGCCUCCGACCACCGAAUCAGAUUUAUUUUGCCAGCCGUUCGCCGCAGGACUUGCUGAAAGCCUCAGGCUUGACUCAGAAAUGGGUUUACAGGGAAAUCUCCAACUUUGAAUACCUCAUGCAGCUGAACACCAUUGCAGGCCGCACCUACAAUGACCUUUCCCAGUAUCCUGUGUUUCCAUGGAUCCUGCAGGAUUACGUCUCAGAGACACUGGAUCUCAGUGACCCUGCUGUCUUCCGGGAUCUUUCCAAGCCCAUUGGAGUGGCCAACGAGAGGCACGCUAAGGACGUGAAGGAGAAGUACGAGAGCUUUGAGGAUCCCACGGGAAUGAUUGACAAGUUCCAUUACGGCACCCACUACUCGAACGCAGCUGGGGUCAUGCACUACCUGAUCCGCACGGAGCCGUUCACCACCCUGCACAUCCAGCUGCAAAGUGGAAAGUUUGACUGCUCUGACCGCCAGUUCCACUCAGUUCCCGCUGCCUGGCAAGCCCGCAUGGAAAACCCUGUGGAUGUGAAGGAGUUGAUCCCAGAAUUCUUCUACUUCACGGACUUCUUGGAGAACCAGAAUGGCUUUGAUCUGGGCUCUCUUCAGAUCUCGAAUGAAAAAGUGGGGGAUGUCCUUCUUCCCAAAUGGGCCAAAUCCCCGGAAGAUUUUAUCCACAAGCACCGUAAAGCCCUAGAAUCAGAGUAUGUCUCCUCCCAUCUCCACGAGUGGAUUGACUUAAUCUUUGGGUACAAGCAGCAGGGGCCAACAGCUGUGGAAGCACUGAAUGUCUUCUAUUACUGCACGUAUGAAGGAGCCGUUGACUUGGACGCCAUUGCUGACGAGACCCAAAGGAAGGCUUUGGAAGGCAUCAUCAGCAACUUUGGGCAGACCCCCUGCCAGCUGCUGAAGGAGCCCCACCCAGCCCGCCUCUCUGCUGAAAACGCCUCCAGGAGACUCUCUCGUCUGGACACCUUUUCUCCUAAUGUCUUUGAGAACCUCGACCAGCUCAAGUCCUUCUUUGUUGAAGGCAUCAGUGAUGGGAUCCCACUGGUGCAAGCUGUGGUCCCCAACAAUCAGGCCCACUCCUUCAUGACUCAGGGAUCUCCUGAUGUGCUGGUCACUGUAAGUGCUAGUGGGCUCCUGGGGACCCACGGCUGGCUGCCGUACGACAAAAACAUCUCCAACUAUUUCAGCUUCACCAAAGACCCCACUGUCUCCAGUGCAAAGACCCAGCGCUACCUGUGUGGCCCCUUUGCUCCAGGGGUGGAUGUGUCCUCAAAGACGCUGGCUGUCUCUCACGAUGGGAAGCUUCUUUUCAGUGGAGGCCACUGGGACAACAGCUUGCGGGUUACCUCGCUGAGUAAAGGGAAAGUUGUGGGGCACAUCAACAGGCACAUAGAUGUUGUCACUUGCCUGGCUUUAGAUCUGUGUGGAAUCUACCUCAUUUCCGGGUCAGGGGAUACCACCUGCAUGGUUUGGCAGGUCCUACAGCAGGGUGGCUUCUCUUGUGGCCUGGCGCCCAAGCCGGUCCAGGUUCUUUAUGGGCACGAUGAUGAAGUCACGUGUGUUGCCAUCAGCACUGAAUUGGACAUGGCUGUGUCGGGGUCAAAGGACGGCACCAUCAUCGUGCACACAAUCCGCCGAGGCCAGUUCAUGAAGUCGCUCCAGCCCCCCUGCGAGAGUUCCCUGCCGAUGACCAUCUCCAACCUCACCAUGGGUCACGAGGGGCAGAUCGUUGUCCAGACAACUGUGGAGGGGAGAGCCUCCCUGAAGGACAAAUUUGCCCUGCACCUCUACUCUAUCAAUGGCAAGCAUCUGUCUUCCAUCCCGUUGGACGAGCAGGUCACCUCCAUGUGUGUCACCGAGGAGUUUGUUGUGCUGGGGACGGCUCAGUGUUCCUUGCAGAUCAGGGACCUUCAGAGCCUCCAGGCCGCUGUUUCCCCUCUGGGCAUGAAGGUCCCCGUCCACAGUGUCUCUGUGACGAAGGAGAAGAGCCACAUCCUGGUGGGUCUGGAAGAUGGGAAGCUGAUUGUGGUCGGGGCAGGACAACCUUCGGAGGUGAGGACGGGGCAGUUCCACAGGCGGUUGUGGCGUUCGACGCGGCGCAUCUCCCAGGUGUCGUCCGGCGAGACAGAAUACAACCCUACGGAGUCCAAAUAACUGGCUUGGAUCGGCUUUAACCUUCCUGUUGCCUUUUAGCCAUGUCUGCCGCGUAAGACGCAAGAUCUGCCCGGCCUUGCCUGCUUGCAGGGGCCUUCGACCCUCUGCGCAGCCUCUUUGCUGCCUGAUGGCCUCUUUGCGCCGUCCCUGGAGAGUUGCACUCUGCAGAGUUCUCACAAGAGGGGAAAAAGAAACCUGCCUUGAGGACUUGUUUGCGAGCCAGAGGCGUCUGCACACCUGGAGUGGCCUUCCGAGGGUGGUGUGCACAGAACAGUUGCGGGGAAGCGAGGGGGCUCUCUAGAGUCCAUCCAGCUGUUCCUCAUUUCCCGACUAUGAUGAUCAUUAUUAUUAUUAUUUGAUUCCUGUGGAGCUUGAAGUGGCAAAUGUUUGUAUUAGUUGUCUUACACUGGAAAGGGAGGGAGAGAGGACUGGUGUGGAGCGGGAUGCAGGGGGAGUACAUUAGCCCCCUCCUUCUGCUUGGCAGAGGAAGGGCAAUGCAGUAGAUGCAGCCAGCCUCAAGACUGCGGUCUGGUCUUUCUCCAUUGGCCUUAAGCAGACCCUUUUGUUGCACUACCCAGAAAAACUUGCACCAAACCCCAAGACGCAGCGGCUUCUUCUGCUUGCCCAGGCAAGAGGUCAGUCCGCUUGCUGUGAGAGGAAGCUUUAACGGUGGGCUGAAACUUGGGGGGCGUGGGGAAGAGCCUGCCCAUUCUCAAACGGGCACCAGGGCAAAGGGGGAGGGGGAGGCGUUGUCCAUUAGGCAAAGAGCUAAAGCAGGGAAGGGAACCUGUAAAGCGUUAAGCCAGGGGUGUGAUUCACAAAUACGCAGGCAUGACCUCCCUAAUUCCAUCUACAGCGUGUUUUGAAAAAGGGAAGGAGGAGGGGUAAGUGCGUGUGUGUGUGUUGCUAAGGUCUGGCCCACUCUGGAGACUGGAUUGCUUAGUACUGAUGAUCCUGGGGGGGCUAUUAAUGAGGGAUUUGGAGGGGGCGUUGAGGCCCAGGAUGUCUGUAAUCUUCCUACAUCGCCUGAUUUGGGGCUCCACAAGCAUCUUCACCAGCAAUAAAACCCUGUCACGUGGUC